GGGCAAGGCGGUGGAGGACUGGAGGAAGGCGAGACUCGGUCUUGUCUUCAUCGAGCAGCGUUUUCCGAAUCCCUGAGGGCUUUCUUGUGCUUUAGCUCAUUUGCACUUCUCCACACGACCCCGAGCGGUAACCACCUCUUCCCACGAGUCCAGGAACACCUCUGAAAGAGAGAAGGGUCUUGGUCCAUGAUUUAGGUCUAUGUCAGACCUUCUAAAUCAGGCAACCAAAACUAAGGCACCAGAUGACUUAGUCGCUCCUCUUGUGAAGAAACCGCAUAUCUAUUAUGGAAGUUUGGAGGAGAAGGAGAGGGAGCGUCUUGCCAAAGGAGAGUCUGGGAUUUUAGGAAAAGAAGGACUUAAAGCAGGAAUUGAAGCUGGGAAUAUUAACAUAACCUCUGGAGAAGUGUUUGAAAUUGAAGAGCACAUCAGCGAGCGACAGGCUGAAGUACUAGCAGAGUUUGAGAGAAGGAAGCGAGCCCGGCAAAUCAAUGUUUCCACAGACGACUCAGAGGUCAAGGCUUGCCUCAGAGCCUUGGGGGAGCCCAUCACACUUUUUGGAGAGGGUCCUGCUGAAAGAAGAGAAAGGUUAAGAAAUAUCCUCUCAGUGGUUGGUACUGAUGCCUUAAAAAAGACCAAAAAAGAUGAUGAGAAAUCUAAGAAGUCCAAAGAAGAGUAUCAUCAAACUUGGUAUCAUGAAGGACCGAACAGCCUGAAGGUUGCUAGACUGUGGAUUGCUAAUUAUUCAUUACCCAGGGCGAUGAAACGCUUGGAGGAGGCCCGUCUUCACAAAGAGAUUCCUGAGACAACAAGGACCUCUCAGGUGCAAGAGCUGCACAAAUCUCUCCGGUCUUUAAAUAAUUUCUGCAGUCAGAUUGGGGACGACCGACCUAUCUCCUACUGCCAUUUUAGUCCCAACUCCAAAAUGCUGGCCACAGCUUGUUGGAGUGGGCUUUGCAAGCUCUGGUCUGUUCCUGAUUGCAACCUCCUUCACACUCUUCGAGGCCAUAACACAAAUGUAGGAGCAAUUGUCUUCCAUCCCAAAUCCACUGUAUCCUUGGACCAAAAAGAUGUCAACCUGGCCUCGUGUGCUGCUGAUGGUUCUGUGAAGCUUUGGAGCCUUGACAGUGAUGAGCCCGUGGCAGAUAUAGAAGGCCAUACAGUGCGUGUAGCCCGUGUAAUGUGGCAUCCAUCGGGACGUUUCUUGGGUACCACCUGCUAUGACCGCUCGUGGCGCUUAUGGGAUUUGGAGGCUCAGGAGGAGAUCCUGCAUCAGGAAGGCCACAGCAUGGGUGUGUAUGACAUUGCCUUCCAUCAAGAUGGCUCUUUGGCUGGCACUGGGGGACUGGAUGCAUUUGGUCGAGUUUGGGACCUGCGCACAGGACGUUGUAUCAUGUUCCUAGAAGGCCACUUGAAGGAAAUCUAUGGAAUACAUUUCUCCCCUAAUGGCUACCACAUCGCAACUGGGAGUGGUGACAAUACCUGCAAAGUGUGGGACCUUCGACAGCGGCGCUGUGUGUAUACCAUCCCUGCCCAUCAGAACUUAGUGACUGGUGUCAAGUUUGAGCCUAUCCAUGGGAACUUCUUGCUCACUGGUGCCUACGAUAACACAGCCAAGAUCUGGACCCACCCAGGCUGGUCCCCACUGAAGACUCUUGCUGGCCAUGAAGGCAAAGUGAUGGGCCUAGACAUUUCUUCUGAUGGGCAGCUUAUAGCCACUUGCUCAUAUGACAGGACCUUCAAACUCUGGAUGGCUGAAUAGGCAGGACCAUUGACAGUGGACUCUAAUCUUAAGCUCUCCCUUACGAGCCAUUUUUAAGACAAAGGAAUUGAAGUGUUUUUGUUCUAUCAUGUUUUUUGCCAAUUACCAUGUAUAGACCCUCGAUAGAAUUGGAUUUCCAUGUCAGCCCCCACUCCAGGCAGGCAGCCAUGUCCCUGGGUAUUGAUGAACCCUUUUCAUGGUUGAAAUUUUAAUUUCCAUCUUUAAGCCCUGCCACGAACUGUGUAGACAUUGUUUUUAUUAAUCUUUUGUUUCAGUGCCCUGUUGCCUCCCUCACAGCACUCAGGAUUGUGACUGACUCCAUUUCUAAUCCUUGAAACUUGACUUACAUGGUAGAUUUUCUGGACUAUAUGUCAGCCACAGAGCAAGGCAGCUGGACUAUAGCCGGAAGCCCUCAAGUAAAGAGGCACAUCUCAGCACACACUGGUUCAACAGUACCUAGCAGAGCGAGAAUUUUCCUCAUGAUAAUGGGAGGUGAAGCAAUAGACCACAGCUAUGCUCAAGAUUAUGCAGUAAAGAAAAAUUUACCUCUUUCUUUUGUGUUCACUUGGAAUGCUCAUGACUGCAUCAGGACGCUCAGAACUGAACAUUCACCUUGUCAGAAAAUGUCUUCCAUUUUGCUUGACAUCGUUGGUGUUACCCCAGAGCUAGGCCAUCUGUCAAGUUUCAAUGAAAGUUUUAGAAAGCAAACAUGUCUAUGUACAGUCUCCUCUCUGUUGGUUAUUUAAAGAAUUUACCCUUCAUGUUGCAGUAACUUCAAAAAAAAUCAUUACUUGGUAUGCCUGACAUCAACUUUUUUUUCUUUAUUACACAGUUGCUGCAGAGUAAAACCCUGGUAUAAUCCUUUAAAAGAAUUUUCUGAAUCCAGCCAUUAGUCCAGAGAGGUUCCCUUUUUUUUGGUUUGAGAUAAAACAAAUGAUCUCAAAUAUGACUCAGUCCGUUUUCCAUGUUCUUAGUAAGCACUCUGUUCAUUUCUUAACAAACAGAAAACUCUUGCAUUGUGGGCCUGAGAACCAGUGAACUGUAUAGAGUGACUUAUAUCACUGUAAUCAUCAGCAAGGCAGCAAUGACCUUCUCCUCUUUCCACCAGAAAUGUAUAACCACUGAAGUGUCAAAGUACCCAGUAAAUGCACCCAUAAGUACAGGAAUCAAAGAAAGGAUUUAGAGAAUUCAAGAAGGACUCAGAUACGGCUUCUCCUUGAAUGUUUGAAAUACUUCAUUUGUUCACAGAGGCCGAGAGUAGCUUUGUCCAGCUCUCUUCUGCAAACUUCAGAAUGUGUGAUACAUGGUUAGAUGUUCUGUGUAAUUUGAUUUCAGUAUAUCAUACUGUUUAUUUGUUAAAGCUUCUGAAUUCUUCACUCUACCCUCUUUUGGGCAUUUCCCUGCUUAGGUAUUAAUAGACUUUAUUUUCCUCAACAGUUGGCUAUGAAAAGAAAUUAUUUUUCAAUAUACUUUGUAUAUGUGUAGGACAGUGAUGAACACAGCAUAUUAGCACACAAUUAGGAUACAGUGUGCUCACAAAAGUUUUGUUUUUCAAGUUUUGUUUUUUUUUUUUAAAUA